GUAGUACAAGAUUAUGUUCUAGACUUCUAGUGCAUUGUGCAGCUUGGUUCCUCGGAUUACAGGAAUACGACAAGAAGCUCCGGUUCCAAAUGUUUCCAGCAAGUGAUGUCGAUCAAACUUAAUGCUUUGCUUUUCUGGUUAACAUAUGGACAACAAGAUUAGAACUUUUGCUAGCUUUGGAUUGAUCGAAUGGUAUCUUCAGAAACUGCGGUGGUUCGUACGCGUGUCUCAACUUGGGGGAAAAAACGGUCAUCUGACUUUAAAUAAAUCUCGAUCCCCGCGGAUGCAACUCUCGAGGACUCUACUACGCUGGCACAAUCGCAGUUUCUACAUUGCCACGUGCUGUUGGUAAACAUCGCGUGCCUCUCCAUUUCAUCACCACUUGCUCCAUAGUUCAACACAAAAGUUCUUUCUGCUUUCAAUACCCUUACUUUUCAGUUUCCACAGUCCCUGUACUUGUGCAUAAAACUGUAAAACACUACUCUGAAAAUUUUGCUUCUGUUAGGAUAUAAUGCCACCCUCUCCUCCUAAAUCUCCUUUUAUUAGCUCUUCACUCAAAGGAGCUCAUGAAGAUCGCAAAUUUAAAUGCUAUAGGGGUGUCCGAAAGAGGUCUUGGGGCAAAUGGGUGUCUGAAAUCAGAGUUCCAAAGACUGGACGACGAAUAUGGCUAGGUUCAUACGAUGCUCCAGAGAAGGCAGCUAGAGCCUAUGAUGCUGCUUUGUUCUGUAUUAGGGGUGAGAAGGGAGUUUACAAUUUUCCCACUGAUAAAAAGCCGCAGCUUCCAGAAGGUUCUGUCCGGCCUCUGUCCAAGCUCGACAUACAGACAAUAGCAACAAACUAUGCUUCAUCAGUUGUGCAUGUACCUUCCCAUGCCACCACACUCCCGGCAACAACCCAGGUUCCCUCUGAAGUUCCUGCUUCCUCUGAUGUUUCUGCUUCUACUGAGAUUACAGAGAUGGUCGAUGAAUAUUAUCUCCCAACCGAUGCAACUGCAGAAUCAAUAUUCUCAGUUGAAGACUUACAACUGGACAGUUUCCUCAUGAUGGACAUUGAUUGGAUAAACAAUCUAAUCUGAUGUGUAACGUCACUUGCAGUGACAUUUAAUAUGGUUUAACUAUCAGUUACCUGUCUGCUUCUUGUAAGGGUAUACUUGGAUCCUUGUCUUUGAACUUGUUUUAUUUAGCAUGCAGUUUGUUGUUUCUGUUUUGCAUGUGUUCUUCCUUAUGAGAUGUUGGAUAUGAAUGAAAUGAUUAGGAGUUGGCGUUCACACCUAAAUCUUUGUUGCAUGUUUGAUGCAUUUUUUCCUAUAUCGUUCACACAUGAUCUGCCUCUUUUUCUAUACUUCUACUUCUACAUAAACCAUACUAGGACU